UCAGACGAGAGCUCUGUGCAACCCAAGAAAAUGACCAAACUGCAGUUCUUAAACGUUUUUUUGACUGAGCGUCUCAUGCUUGCGGCGCAGGAGAUCUACAAAUCUGUCGAGGACACGAUUUUGGAGUACCAGGAGGAAAUAGCGAUAAGAGAGCGGGAGAACGACCAUCUGAGACGCAGGCUGCGAGACGCUGGAAUUGAAAUAUGGCCAGAUCGUCCAUCUAUGGCAUUGUUGGAUGAGGAGGAUGGUGAGCAUCCACGACGUGAGUGGAGUCCUAGUAUGGGGCAUGAAGAACGUAUUCCUAUUCAGAUUAAGGAUAAAAGAGAUCUCCGCCCCAACCAAGGUGAUGAUCAGCUUCGUGCACAUGGCUCCUGCAACACACCAGAGAAUAUGUUCACUCCCCCGCGUGUUGGAAAUGAAUAUCCUCAAGAUGCCCCCCAUACAUCCAACCUCCCUCAGACUCAAGGUGUGGAGAACAGAGAGAGGGAUCCUGGAUCUCGAGGCCCUUCAAGGCAUGGAAAGGCAGAGACUGGAGGAAACCACAGAAGUUCAUCUUCCUCAAAUAGCGGUGCACAGCCUCUUGCACCUGUCAACCCAAACUGUUCGAAUGAGAACAACAUUGACAUUAUAGGGGUGGAGAAUGGAGGACAGAUGGUUGGUGCUAAGGGAGCUGGAAAUGGAGCUAACAGAGGACAGGCAUCUCACAUGCGCAACCAAGCAGCUAAUGCUGUAGACUGCCCCCAUCAAAAAUCACCCCUACAAGGGCACAUGUCCUCCUUCUGCUGCAAAGUUUGUGGUGAAGCAUUUAGUCACAUUGGCCACUUGCAUGUGCAUGUACAAGUGCACACCCGGGAAAAACCAUAUCGUUGUGGAGUAUGUGGGAAAUGCUGCAGUUCAUCUGGCAGGCUGCAGGAACACCAACGUAGCCACACCGGAGAAAAACCUUUCCGUUGCCAGAUUUGUGGAAAGGGAUUCACACAAAUGGCUCACCUGAAAGUGCACAUGAGGAUCCAUACAGGAGAGAAGCCAUACAGUUGCCCAGUAUGUGGCAAGUGCUUCAGCCGUUCUGACAAAAUCAAAAGGCAUCUCCAGACCCAUAGCCGUGAGGGAACAUAUUUCUCAGGGCAAUAGUACAAAUAUGUUGUUAAACAACCAAGUUUGUGAAUCAUAUUGAUGUGGGAAACUUUUCUACAAAAGCUGAAAUCGCUGCCAAUAAGAUGAGGCUUUUUCUUCCUACCGUUGAAGACCUAGGGAUUCUGGAACUCUUAGAGAUUUUUUUUUUUUAAUCUAACCUAAUACUUCUCCAUGCCAUAAUCCCUCAAUAGAAUUAUAUUAGCCAGUUUAGUAUGUCAUUUACUUAAUUUUGUACUUGUCACUGAGUAUUAAAUCUCAAAGACACAAUUUGAGUUAUUAGCUAGUCUUUCUGAAUAAUCUAGCCUUUCCUUAGUCAUAUAAUUAGCAUGAUGAAGUCUUCCACACAUGCCUUGAAACUGAGACAAAUUACAAAAUGCAACAAUGUUCAGCACGGCCACCACUUUUUUUCAACCAGUAAUUUCUUGUCCUUGGGCUCAGAUUUGUGUUUCAAAUUUGUAAACUUAAACUAUUUUGAAAACAGUAUUCUAGUACUGAAAAUGUAGACCAGAAUGAGUGAGUGACCACUCUCAAAAUACUGGACUGGACUUUCUGGCUUUGUCUAACACUGCCACUAUGUUUUUUUUAUAGUUAAAAAAGUAUCACACAGAACCAACUAAGAACACAAGAACUGAAACAACUGCUUUAAAGACGGCAACUUGUCCGAUCAUGUUAGUGAGUUUUGAAGCAAAAUGGCAAACUUUUUUUUUUUUUUUUUAAAUUUCUCAAAUAUGAAGAAUUGCUUCUUAAUUUCAUAAUUGAAAUGUUGUUGAAUUUUUGAGUGACUGACAAAAAACAAUGAUUUGGAAGAUGGCCAUUUGAAGGUUUUUUUUUUUUUUUUUUUUUUUUUUUUUUUUUUUUUUUUUUUACAUUUUCCUAAUUAAAUAUGAGAAAAAUAAAAUUUAUGUUUUUUCCAACUUUUUAUGUGAGAAUAUUUAAGUUGAGAGGCUUUGAACUAUCCCCAUAAAAUAUACACAGAAUGAGCCUUGACUGAUAGACGAGGAGUCUGAUCUGGCACUUAAUUUUAGUCUUUGUUAUGACUGUUCUCAUCAGUGCCGUUUCAUUGUUGCAAAGCUAAAAACUGCCAUCUCAUUUUCAUUGCUUCAUUUUGUUUAUUGAAAAAUGGAGAAAUCUAUUGUGAGACUACUCCACUAUUUUGUGAAAUGUGAGUUUUUCUGUAAAAUACCACUAGUCCUGCUCGAUCAUGCAUUUAGAAACUUUCUGGUGUCUUUGUUAUGACAUGCACUAUGGCGUUUGUCCCAGACUGCAGAUAUUCACUCUAAAAUGGGGCCACACAGUAUUAGCUGAACCCAUCUGUGGUACGUCAGGGGUCUCAAUGUGCAAAGAGUCACAUUCACCUGUGUUUCCAUCACUCUAGUCAUUUACAUGUGAGGUAUUUGUUUUAGAUUGGCCUCAGAUUAUUUCUUCCAGAAGUUUUUUUAUUUUUUUAUUUUUUUUUUUAUUAAUUGAAUCAAGUUCUUCCUCUGCCCACUUUGACCGACUCCUGAACAACAGACCCUACAGUAAUCUUUUUCCUCUCAGGACUAGUGCUGCAUUCAUAACAUGAGGGCCGUCCAAAAGUACAAAGUCUGACUUGAAUCUGCUUUUGUAUAAGUCAGAAACUCAGGGUUUGUGAGUUUCCCCAUCGAAUUUGUCUUUACUUAUUGCAGAAAUAAGUUGCAAGAGAUAUCUCUAGAGAAGAUGAGCUAAAUAAAAUGUGAAAAGUGAGAACCAUCAGAGUGGGUUAGAGCUCAGUUUUGCUCUGGGAUGCCAAACCUGGCUAAGUCAUCCCUCGACAUGUGAUGAAUGCAGCAUAAGAUAACCACAGCAUGUCCUCACAGCUGACCAGCAGUCCUUCUCUCCCUCCACUCAGUCUACUCUGGGACGCCUAUGCUCCCCCUGCACACACACUCGACUGUACAGUGUUGUAUCAUCGCGCAUUAAAUGUUAUUUUUUAAUAAAGUAGCUAUUGAG